GGAAAACAGCAUGCAUCGUGGGCAACAAAUCUCAUACGUUGAGCGAUAACUGCUAGCCAUGGGACUGCCAUUACUACCCACGUUUGGCUCACACAGUGGUAGGCCACUUUUGUACACCAUCACGGCGUUGACAUCCUUCGGGUUCACGUUGAUCGGGUAUGAUAAUGUGAGUGAAUGGGUCUCGCGACCUGUGAUCUACAGGCACACAGGAUCUGGAUCUGACCUUGUCCUUUUCUUUUCCCCCUUUUUUUUGGUGGGAUCUCAGGGCGUUAUGGGAGGUAUCAUCAACAAUCCACCGUUCAAGACUACGUUCGAUAAUCCCAGUGCAAGUCUAGUAGGCACCAUCGUCGCCAUCUACGAAGCGGGCGCAGCGAUCGGUUCAUUGCUUUGCGCGGCGGUCGGAGAACAUUUAGGACGAAGAUGGAGUCUGAUGCUCGGCGCCAUUCUCAUGCUUGGAGGAACGGGUUUCCAAGCUGGCGUUUCGAGUUCAGGCGCUUUGAUCGGAGCUAGGAUCGUCUCUGGCUUGGGGAUGGGAUUCUUGAAUUCGACGAAUCCAGUUCUUCAGAGUGAAUCGUCCCCGAAAUCAAAUCGAGGGGUCUUCAUCUGUUUCUUACUAUCGAUGCUCAACCUGGGGAUCAUGUUGGCUUAUUGGGUCGGUUAUGGAUUCACAGAAGUGGGAGGAUCAAAAGCUUGGAGAGUCCCAGUGGCUUUACAAGCCAUAUUCAUCAUUCCCAUCAUUGUCUUGUUGUUCUUCGUCCCGGAAUCACCUCGAUGGCUGGCGGCGCACGGAAGAGAGGAUGAAGCUCUGAGAGUACUUUCACGACUUGCAGGCAAGCCAGAAGAUGACCCAAUGGUCAGGGAACAACAUCAGGAGAUCCUGGUCGCCGCUCGACUUCAAGCUGCUGUAGGAUCAGGAACUUGGUCGGAUUUACUCCGAGAGGACGAAUUCAGCUCUCGAAAGAGACUGUUGAUUGCCUGUUCGAUCCAAUUCUUCCAGCAAAUAGGAGGUAUCAACGCCCUGAACUAUUACGCCACCAACCUCGUUCUCGCUGCGGGUGAAAAUCUACAUAACGCCUCACUGGUUUCUGGAGGUCUAUUCACAUGGUUCUUCCUUGCUUCUUUCAUCCCCUGGUUUCUCAUCGAUAGGGUCGGUAGACGAAAGUUAUUGCUCGUCACUAUCACCGCCAUGGCCUGCUGUUUCGCCAUCGAAGCGGGUUGUGUCAGUGCGGUGCAGAGAUCGAAUAGUCGAGCAGCGGGUGCAGUCGCGGUCGCGGUAUUGUUCGUCUAUUUGGGCUUGUUUACCAUUGGAUUCCAAGCUGUCGUCUGGGUUUACCCAUCCGAGGUCUUACCUUUACGUCUGCGUCAACGUGGUAGUGCUAUAUCGACAUUCUGCAAUUGGAUUACCAACUUUGCCAUUGUCGAGAUGACACCACCUGCGCUGAAGAACAUCGGUUACAAGUUCUACAUCAUCUUCGCAGUGAUCAAUGCCUCUUUCUUACCUAUCAUCUACAUCUUUUAUCCUGAAACUGCUGGCAUGUCCUUGGAGUCGAUUGACGCCCUCUUCAAGCGGGACGGACCGGCCCUCGGUGAGACUGCCAAGAGGAGGGAGAUGGAGGAGAAUGCGAAAGCUAGAGAGAUUGUCGAGAGGGAGUAUCAGGCCACCAGCGGAGUGAGUCGCGUGUGAGAUCCCGAGGUCCACGAGUACGUAUCAAUUCAAGCAUCAUUUGGUCUCGGAUCAUAUAGCUCAGAGCUGUCGAGUCUGGUCUACUGCAUGUAUAUCGUUCCAUUCAGUUCUCUU